GGCACGCAAAUAGGGCACCGACACCGCCGGCCGCCGGCCGCCGGCCGCCGGGACGCCCUUUCGAUCAUGCUCCAUACCGCCACCUAGAACUCCCCCAGCGCCGGAUACCAACGCCCAAGACGGCAUGCUGCCGCGCCGAGCCCACGACGGCACACCGCCACGCCGCCGGGGUUACGGCGGCACUCCGCCACGCACCGCAGUGCCCCUAUCUUUCGGGCUGCUCGCUCCCAUGUCCGCAUCUCCCCUAGUCUCUCCGCGCUGCCGCCGCCGCUGCGGGGGAAGACGGCACGGACCGGCUUGGCUCGCUUCGGUUCGGGCUCGGCUCGGGCUGAACUUGGAGCCAGGCUCGGUUCGGGAAGAGGCCAGCUGGCAUCCGGCUCGGCUCGCGUGUAGGACCCACUUCCAGAGGGUAAGUUGCGUCCACGGCCAUGCCUCCAAUAUUCAAAACUCCCUCUUCUAUUCUUCUUCUUCCUCCACCUGCUUCGCUUCCUCCGCUGCCUCCUCCUCCCACCUCGCCGUCUCCCACCUCGCCGUCUCCCACCUCGCGCGCGCCUCCCAUGGCCUCAGCAGAGCCAGUUCUCCUGCUCCCCGCACCUGCAUCUCCUCUCCUUCUCCCAGCCAUGCUUCCAUCCCGCUCCCCCGACUCCACCUCCCGCACCACCGUGCCCUUGUUUCUCAUCCGAGCGAUCUCGUCUUCGUCCCCUGGAUUCCGCAAGUUCUUAGUUCACCUGGUCAAGCAGCUCUGGGGGGAUCCUAAACGACUUGGGAAGUUCCUCGAUCAAUGGUUCUCACCGGCGGCGAGUCGCGUGAAUCCGCUCCGCGUCCUCCCCAUCCCCAAGGCGCCUGAGUUCCCCGACAUCAUGCGUCUUCUGCAGGCGCUGCUUCGGAAAGCUACGGUGCAGGCGGUCCUUGUGGCCACGGCCACGCUCAUGGUCAUCCACCUCUCCCGAGCGCGGCCCGUCGAGGAUGACGACGAGGGAGCGCUUCUGCAGCGGAGGCUCCCUCUCUUCGUCAGAGAUGGAGUGUGGCGGAUCAUCGCUCCGCGAGGUCCACUUCCCACGCUCCGCUGGCCACCACGGACAUGGACGGCUGACGCCAUGGAGGCGCUAAGGUUCGACCUGCGGCGCCGGGAGAUGGACCACUCCGACCUCACGCUCCACAGUGGGGUUGGGCAGCCUGUCAUGCUCAUGGCGCACCGGGACUGUGUGGAGAAGAACAGCAAUGGCAACAACCCCAGGUGAUCCCCGGCCAUUCCCAGCAGCUCGAUCACGCGCGCCGCCUCCGGGCCCCC